AUGUGUACAUGUCCAUCAUCAUAAUCUACAAAUUACAAACUCUACUCUUGCAUUACACAUUCUCUUACUUAUUUCUCUCUAAAUCUCUCCUCAUAUUAUAUCCACAAUGACGCAGUCAGGAGUAAUCUCCAGUAGUACUCCAAUAUUCAAAGAUCAACCAGCAGCAAUCGUCCGCCGAUCAGGAAACUACAAACCCACAUUGUGGGAUGCUCAUUUUUUCCAAUCACUCCAAGUCAUAUAUACGGAGGAAAGCUAUGGGAAAAGAAUCAAUGAGCUGAAAGAAGAUGUGAGAAGAAUUCUUGAGAAGGAGGCUGAAAAUCCUUUAGUUAAGCUUGAACAGAUCAAUGAUUUGAGCAGACUUGGAAUAUCUUAUCACUUUGAAGAUCAAAUUAAGACAAUAUUAAACCUGACUUUUAACAAUAAUAAUGCAUUGUGGAAGAAAGAUAAUUUGUAUGCCACUGCUCUUCAUUUCAAACUCCUUCGACAAUAUGGAUUCAGUCCUGUAUCUUCAGAGGUUUUCAAUGCCUUCAAAGACGAGAAAAAGGAGUUCAAAGAGAGUUUGAGUAAGGAUGUGAAAGGAAUGGUAUGUCUAUAUGAGGCUUCAUUCUAUUCAUUUAGGGGUGAACCCAUAUUAGAUGAAGCAAGAGACUUCACAACCAAACAUCUCAAACAAUACUUGAUGACAAGGCAAAGUCAAUUUACUAGAGUUGACCAUCAUGAUGAUGAUGAUCAUGAUCUUGUGAAAUUGGUAGAGCAUGCCUUGGAUCUUCCACUCCAUUGGAGAUUGCCAAGAUUGGAGGCUAGGUGGUUUAUUGAUAUGUAUGCUGAAAGGAAUUAUGAUAUGAAUCCAACUUUUCUUGACUUUGCUAAACUUGACUAUAACUUCGUUCAGUCAGCAUACCAAAAAGAGCUCAAAUAUAUUUCAAGGUGGUGGAGUGGUUCUAGAUUGACAGAAAGGCUACCAUUUGCUAGAGACAGAGUAGUGGAAAUUUUCUAUUCUGCAGUGGCAUUGAAAUAUGAGGCAGAAUUUGGAUUUGUUAGAACUGUGAUGACAAAAAUUGGUCUCUUGCUAACACUCAUGGACGAUAUAUAUGAUGUGUAUGGUACACUAGAUGAGCUUCAGCUUUUUCUAGAGGCAAUUGAGAGGUGGAAUAUAAAUGAACUGGAUCAGCUACCCGAUUACAUGAAGAUAUUGUUUGUUGCUUUUUAUAACAAUGUGAAUGAGAUAUCUUAUUAUGUCCUCAAAGAAAAUGGGAUUCACACCAUCAAAUAUCUGAAGAAAGCGUUGGGUGAUCUGUGUAAAUGCUAUAUGGAGGAGGCAAAAUGGUUUCACAGUGGACACAUACCAAGUUUAGAAGAAUUCAUUGAGAAUGGAUGGAAAUCAAUUACAAUACCUCUUUGUCUUAUCUAUCAUUAUUGCUUAAUUACAACUUCAAUUACAGAACAAGACAUGGAACACUUGCUUCAAUAUCCAACCAUUUUACGUGUCUCAGGAACUGUUUUUCGAUUUAUAGAUGAUUUGGGAACCUCAUCAGAUGAACUUGAAAGAGGAGAUAAUCCUUCAUCAAUUCAAUGCUACAUGCGUGAAAAGGGUGUUAGUGAAAAUGAAAGCCGUGAACACAUAUGGAAUUUAAUUAGUGAAGGAUGGAAGGAAAUUAAUGAAGUUAAAGCUUCAAACUCUCCAUACUCUCAAGUGUUUAUUGAAUCUGCCAUUGAUUUUGUUAGAGGAGCAAUGGAGAUGUACCACAAGGGUGAUGGUUUUGGUACUAAUCAAGACCGAUAUCUUAAGACCAAAGUUGUCAACAUGUUCUUCGAUCCAAUUCCAAUUUAAUUAUAACCAUAUCUCUUUAAUUCCCUUUUAAUUAUCAAAUUAAAAUAAAGUGUAUGUUGUAAUAAUAUUAUAAUGUAAUUCGUCAUAACAAAUAUGACUUCUUUUUUUGUACCAAAAUAUUUAAAAUGAAAUAUAAAAUGUUUAUUGAAA